UUUUUUUUUUGAAGAAAAACAUCCUUUAUGGUCAAGUUCAACUAUACUGAGGCAGUUGAAGAACUUCAACAUUUUCGCUUAACAAAAGAACGCUCUUCCGAAAGAGUAGCCAGUCUUGGUGCUAGACUUAUCAAAGACGGCUAUACUUCAAAACUAGGUGAUCAAGUAUGGCCCUUUUAUGAACAAAUAGCUAUAGCUGCUCUUGACGUUCAAGACUUUGAUCUUGCGAAUCUCUGUAUUGAUAAACUUAAAGAACGGUUUACAGAAAAGUCACUUCGAUUCCGUCGCUUAUUAGGUAUGCGAUAUGAAGCACAAGGAAAACUAGACGAAGCACAAGAAGUAUACGAUACCAUUCUUCAACAAGACGAUACCAACAUGUUAGCAUCUAAACGCCAAAUUGCUCUUUUAAAAGCAAGAAAUAAGGAAAACGAAAUGAUUGAAGCAUUGACAAAGUAUUUAGAUACUUAUUAUGAUGAUCACGAAGGAUGGCUUGAGUUAUGCGAUACUUAUUUAUCAAAGCAUAUGUAUGAUCAAGCCAGUUAUUGUUGUGAGGAAUUGAUUCUGUUGCAGCCUUCCAACCAUAUCUUUUAUCUAAAAUAUGCUGAAGUACUCUAUACUUUGAAUCAAUUGCCUUUGGCUCUAAAGCAUUACUGCAAAGUGUUGGAAUUAUGUCCAGAUCACGUCAGAGCACUUUAUGGCCUACAGUUGGUAAGAUCAAGAAACUAGUGUUGUCUUAUGCUAAUGAAACAUAGUGCGCAAGCAAAUUAACAGAUCAAGUUGACCAUGCUAAAGCGUUGCAUGAAUUAGCAACAGAACGCUUAUUAGAGACUUACAAAAACCAACCAAGCAAAAAGCUGGUUCAAAACUAUCUUUUGUUAUAAUAAUAAACAAACUCUUUGAAGCAUUAUGAUGUGGUCAUCUUUUGCAUCAUGCUCUUUCCUGG